CGCGGCGCUGGGCGCGGCCGGGGCGGAGGCAGAGGAGGGGCGGCGCGGGAAUCGUUUCCUGGGUAAGCGGCGGGCGCGUUUCCGGCGGGCCGCCCGCAUCCCGCAGCGGCUGCGGCGCCUCGGGCCGAGCGGCAGUUUUCCUGAUUUCUGCAGCAGCCUGAGGGUUGCUGGUGCCCAGGACUCCAGGACGUGGUGCUCUGGUAUAGGCAUUCCUCCAACGAGCUGGGGAGAUUAAACGUUUCGAUCCGUACUUUGAAAGUGGCUGACAGCGUGCGGUAAUGUGCUGACUGGCACUAUGGGCAGGCGAUACCCAGGGGCUCAUUAUCGGCCAAGCAACUCGUGCUUUAACUAGAGCUGAAGAGUAGAGGACCUGAGGCUGUAGCCCCAUGGCACAAAUUUGUUGUUAAACAUUUUGUACUCGACAGACCUCCUUUCAGAAAGGAAAUCUGCGUUAUGAAAAGAUUUCAAAUUAUAAUCUAUUUCCUGAUGCAUUGCUGACGCCCGUGAGCCAUGUCAGAAGUACUUCCAGUUGAUUCCGGUGUGGACGCAUUGGCAGUGUUUAUGGCAAGCAGCAGCACGACAGAUGUUGUGAACCGCAACAACCCUGCCACCCCACCGAACACCCUUAACCUGCGGUCCUCUCAUAACGAACUUCUGAAUGCAGAAAUUAGGCACACGGAGACCAAGAACAGCACUCCUCCAAAAUGCAGGAAAAAAUAUGCGCUGACUAACAUUCAGACAGCCAUGGGUCUUUCCGAUCCAGCAGCGCAGCCCCUUCUGGGGAACAGCUCUGCCAAUAUAAAGCUGGUGAAGAAUGGAGAAAACCAGCUCAGGAAAGCUGCGGAACAGGGACAGCAGGAUCCUAACAAAAACCUCAGUACCACUGCGGGCAUAAACAUAACUUCUGAGAAGUUUGAAGGCAAAGAGCCGAUCCCACAGGAUUCCUCUGGCUGUGAAAUAUUACCCUUGCAGCCAAGGAGGACCAAGAGCUUCCUGAAUUACUAUACAGAUCUAGAGACGUCUGCUAGAGAGCUAGAGCAGAGUUUUGUUGUGAUGGAAGAUAAAUCUGCACAAAGCAACAGCCAGGCUUCUACCGUUAUUGUCAAUGGGGAAGGCCUGCCCCGUAAACAAAACAAAACAAGCCCAGAGGAUGGCCAAGUUGCCACAGUGUCAUCAAGCCCUGAGACUAAGAAAGACCACCCAAAAACUGGGGCCAAAACAGAUUGUGCCCUCCACAGGAUUCAAAACCUGGCCCCAAGCGAUGAGGACUCCAGCUGGACUACUCUGUCCCAGGAUAGUGCUUCGCCGAGCUCGCCUGACGAAACAGUGAAAGGAGCUCUCCUUAAUUGGAAAGUGACUGAAACGCGGGUACUUCCACUAACUACAGUGGAGUUGCAUUUGUAUCAGCGCGAGGCUCUACAUUUACAUCUGCUGUUGAUUCCAGAUAUAUGGAGUGAUCAUUCAUUUCAGACAGACCCAGACUUACCACCUGGCUGGAAAAAAAUCAAUGACAUUGCUGGGAUCUACUACUGGCACAUACCAACAGGAACAACUCAAUGGCAGCGUCCUGUGUCCACCCCAACAGAUCUCCACGGCUCACGGAAAGGAUCCCUUGGUUCCAUUACUCCCUCUCCUACUCCAGAAACUGAGAAACAACCAUGGAGUGAUUUUGCUGUACUGAAUGGGGGAAAGAUUAAUAGUGACAUUUGGAAGGAUCUCCACGCAGCCACAGUGAACCCAGACCCAAGUCUGAAAGAGUUUGAAGGAGCAACGUUACGCUAUGCCUCUUUGAAGCUCAGAAAUGGUCCACAAUCUGAUGAUGAUGAUUCUUGUAGCAUCAACAGCGAUCCAGAAUCCAAGUGCUUUGCUGUGCGAUCUCUGGGCUGGGUAGAAAUGGCAGAAGAAGAUCUCGCUCCUGGAAAAAGCAGUGUUGCUGUGAACAAUUGCAUCAGACAACUCUCUUACUGUAAAAAUGACAUCAGAGACACUGUCGGCAUUUGGGGAGAGGGCAAAGACAUGUACCUGAUACUGGAAAAUGACAUGCUGAACCUGAUUGACCCCAUGGAUCGCACAGUUCUUCAUUCGCAGCCCAUUGUGAGCAUCAGAGUCUGGGGAGUGGGUCGUGACAAUGGCCGAGAUUUUGCUUACGUGGCAAGAGACAAAGACACAAGGAUUCUGAAAUGUCAUGUGUUUCGAUGUGACACGCCCGCAAAAGCCAUCGCCACAAGUUUACAUGAAAUCUGCUCAAAGAUUAUGGCCGAACGGAAGAACGCUAAAGCUAUGGCUGGCAGCUCAUUGCAAGAGAGGACAAAUGUCACCCUUGAUGUCCCUCUGCAAGUAGAUUUCCCAACACCAAAGACAGAACUGGUACAGAAGUUCCACGUCCAGUACCUGGGCAUGCUACCUGUAACUAAACCUGUGGGAAUGGAUACUCUGAAUACUGCUAUUGAAAAUCUAAUGACUUCCUCUAGCAAAGAAGACUGGAUGCCAGUUACAAUGAAUGUUGCUGAUGCUACUGUCACCGUCAUCAAUGAAAGAAAUGAGGAAGAAAUCAUGGUGGAGUGUCGUGUGCGGUUCCUGUCCUUCAUGGGAGUAGGCAAGGAUGUUCACACCUUCGCCUUCAUUAUGGAUACAGGAAAUCAGCAUUUUGAGUGCCACGUUUUUUGGUGUGAACCAAACGCAGGCAAUGUAUCAGAAGCUGUUCAGGCUGCUUGCAUGUUACGGUAUCAGAAGUGCUUAGUAGCCAGACCUCCUUCACAGAAAGUCCGACCACCCCCACCUCCUGCAGACUCGGUGACCAGAAGAGUUACAACUAAUGUAAAAAGAGGAGUCCUGUCUCUCAUUGACACUUUGAAACAGAAACGCCCUGUCACUGAGAUGCCAUAGCUGCAUCAGAGAGAAGAUUCUCCUAACCUUUAACUGAAGAUAACAGUAGCUACACUAAGGAAAAUGAACUGACGAUGUCUGGCCUUCCAUUUCCAGUUACUGAUGCUUUGUCGUCAGAGAAUUUACCCUUAUCGAAACAAUGUUAGACAAGCAUGUUCUCUUGUUCUUGCCACCAUCGUGUGAUAUGAAAAGAAGCAUGAAUAAUUUUUUUGCUGUCAGUGAGUUCCAUCAUGAGCAAUGGAAGGUCUGUUUGAUUGUAAAUACAUGAACGUUACCUAAACCCACACAAAAAGAAUAUGGCCACGUCCCUCCCAGUGAACUCAUGCUAACGUCCUUGGAGUGAAUGAUGCCCGAGUUGAUAGUUUCACCGUCUUGAGCUGGAUUUGUCACAACCCAGUCUUAAAUCCUACAGCACUUUUCUCUGUUUCCAACAUUGGAGUAGGUACCAAGUAGUAGCUACCAUCAAAUUACUGUAGCUUAAAUACGAAGUUUUAUUUUAAUGGAACUACAACCAUUAGUUUUAAAUAGUUUGCCAGCAUUGGUCUAGCAACCACUUUAACAUCUCCCUGACAUGCUUUGAAUCAUAGUGUCAUUAUUUCAUCUCCUGACUACACAUUAUGGUCUCCCAGAAGAGUCAUGUUUAAUCCCAAACCAAUGCUAAAAAAUCCAGAAGCAUUUCCAGUAAUUGAGUUGCAGGGUCAUCCACUGAAGCUUUUCAGCUUUAAACAUACAAAUGCAACUGCUGGCUGUUAAAUUUAUUCUCCUAAAUUUGUCAUUAAUUCAUAAAAAAUACUGUGUGUUUCCUGCAGGAUUCAAACCAAUCAGGAGUAACAAAGAACUAGUCAGGAAUUUUCUUAUCUUACAACGCUUAUAGAGACUAAAAUAUUCCAUACCUUUUCCACACAAGUGUUUGAUGGAAUGCGCAAUUUACUGUGGUUGCACAAUUCCCCCUUCUCCUCAGAAUUUGUUGCUGAAUACUUAACAUGCAACAAAAAGAACAGUAAUGUUUCUUGUUAUUUACAAAAUUCCACAAAAUUUCUUUUAAUGCUCUUGUGACAAAAUAAGAAGAGAGUUGGUUUUUAGCAGGAUAGGGUUUCAGGUGGUACAACUUGAUUUCAGUGCUUCUGCUCCAAAGGCUUCACCUUAUUGCUUUGGUUGACACACUACUACAGACCCAGACAAAGUCAGCCUGGUAUUGCCCCUUAAAAUUGUACCUCAGUCUCAUUUUCAAAUGCCACUAUACAUCCCAGUCUCUCCCUGUGCCAUCUUCUGUCUAGAUCUGCAGAUUGGUACAAGUUUUGGAAAUGGAACAUUAGAAAUAUUUUUAACUAGCGUUAAAAAUGUUUUGUCUCCAUUUAUAGAUAUGUUCCAAAGUGUAACUGACUCCCAAGUCUGCAAACCUGGUUGUUCUGUAACUUUAAAAGAACGUUAGCAAGGUGGUUAUUACAAGAACUCUGCUUUUUAUUUUACUAUGCAAGGGACUGUUAUAAACAAACUAUUUUUUUUAUUUCCUUGUUUGAAGAAAUUAAUGGCAACACCUGGGCACAGUAGUUUAGGAACAUGAGGGGAAAAGAAUGAUGAUUCAAGAAGUUUCUGCAUUGAAAUUUGCUGAAAACUCAUGAAUCUAAACUCGGUGUGAUGUAUGAGCGAGUGCCAGGUCAGGGCUAGCUGUGCAACUCUUGUAAUUAAAUUUAGCUCUCUAGGAUAGCCUCUGAAGCGCUGAUCCUACACCCAUCUCCAAUCUAUGUGAUUCUGCACCGCAGGCACCAAAGCAAUUGUUUCCUUUCCCAUGGCUCGUGUUCCUGCUGCCUCCUUUGCACCAGCUCUAAUGCUGGUAUAGCUGGAGAAGAUGCUUAUGCCAAGUUGGCAGGGAGAACCAGAGGUGAGGGGAUGCAAACCAACCCACCCCUUUUAGCAGUACCAGUGGUUUAAACCGACCCUGAGGCCAGGUCUCAAGCAUGGAGAGGGCAGCUUGCAUACAUGCUUUUUUAGUUUCCAGCAUUGAUCCCAGUGAUGUGUGCUAGGAGCCAUGCAAAAACUCACUUCCUAUCAUGACUGCUAUCAAAAUGUGGCAAACAGUGUACCUUUAGGUAGGAUCAUGAAGUUAGGGAAAAAAAAGUUCCCUUACUCAUCACCAUGCUAGUGAUUCAAACUUCUACUUUAUGUUAAAAUCCUUUGACGGUGUAUUUUUAAAUUUCCAGCUGGAAAUGCCAGGAUUUGGGAUUUGGAACUGUUCUACAACAGUGAAUUUUAAACAGUACAGUUAAAUCUUGUAGCUGCAUCUGCACAGUGCUGAUUCUCCCCAGGAGAGCUGGGCUCUCUCUAAAUUAAACCAACACUCAGCCAACGGCAGUGGAAAGGUGGUUCCACGUUGGUGAUGUUAAGGCUGUGAACAGGUAGUUGGCUUUCACUGGCAAAGUGUGCAGCUGCAGGGAGGGCUUGAGAAGACAAAAAAGUAGCUGUAAAGCUGUAGGUCACUUGCCAAAAUACAUUUAGAGAAUUUUGUGUCUCUUAACACGAUGAUGUUGAUUUUGCAGAUAUUUAAGUAGUGUGCUUAACGGUCUGACUGUCUGUGGCCUUUCUGCUUCAAUAGAGCUCCUUUCUCCCCAAAAGAUUAAAUACACUCCCAAGUGUUUGCAGAAUCAGAGCCCAGUACUGCAAAGCCAGUUAUCUUUUGUCAAACAAUAGAUUGAGACUCUCUUUUUACCAUGGCCAAAAGAUAUGUAUGCUGGGGGGGGUUGAGCAACUGCUACUGGUUUAAUCGAUGUUAUAGCAACCCUUCCAUUACCUAUGCAUUUUUUUUAUAACACCUAGUGAUUCUGUAGGCAGGCAGCCAUGUUCACUAUGCCUUGUAUGUCUGAUGCCAUAUUUUAAAUUAACCUGUUAAAUACAGCUUAAAAUAUUUUAAUUUUAUUUAUUCUAUUUUUACUGAAAUAUCCUGCAUUAUUAUGUUGAUGUGUUGUCUUUACUGGAUUUGUCUUGUAACAUUCUCCACUCUGUAUACUAUAGGUUGCCUAAAAAAAAGUAGGCUUUGUAAUUAUUUGUAGUCACAUUUUUAUUGAAGUCUGUAGAAAAAUCAUGUAAAGCAAAGCUGAUUUCUUAAUUUUUUCAACGCAAGUAGUAAGUUAGAGGUUAGUGUCAUGUGUCAGUCAUGUCAUUAAUAUGCUCCCUUGUAGAAGCAAGGAGAUUAAUAUUCACAGUCAGCGACUAAGAGAUAAAAGCCUUUCUUUUGAAAUCGGCAGUGCUGGCUGUAGGUUUUAUUUCAGCCACUUACUGUUUCAUUUGAAGAGAAGCAAGGGGGUGUAGGAGAUGCAAACCUACAGAGGCCACCCACAGGGUGGUUAAACAGGAAUAACAGAAAUUGUAUGGAAGGGCACAGAAUCCAUUCACCAUAAAAUGAGUUUUUAGGGACGUACUUUGUGUGCAGUCAUUUGCACCUACUGAAACACCAAGCCCUUUCAUGCCAGAGGAAGAAAAGCUGUGGAGUAUCUAAUAGCUUACGCCAGUUCUGUGUCACUGCUAAGAGUUCUACAUCCCUCUUUGUUAAAUUUAUCAAGCAUUUCAUAGAUCGUUUAACCAGGGAUCUAAAAUUGUUAGUAAAACACCCAUGGAAAAAAGAACUUUCAUUUCAACAGCUAAUAUGGGCUCAGCCUUUUAGCAUUACCAUUAACCGCCUUACUCCUUUCUUGGGUAGGUUAAUUAAUACAUUGCUAAAACUUGCACUGUAGAGUCAGCAAAGCAGGUUUGAGUUACUUUAGCAGCAGUAAGAAAGAAGGGAACGCACGCACUGUUUAUUAACAGAGCUCAGUCUUACAUAAAGCACCUGACUGACGUUGAAAAGGACAGUUUUCCCUGCUGUUGACCACUCCUCCACAUUUAAAUGUAAUCUGUUCUGAGAAUAAAUUUAGCUGCAUUAAAUGAUUGUCUCAACUGUUACUGGUCCGUGAAACUGGGAAAUUAUUUCUUUUGUUCCAAAUUGUGGUUGAGGGGAGAGAAAACCACACUGGUCGUUUAGAGGCCUGUUCAGUACAAUGGACACAUUUGUAUCUGGAAAGCUGCAUCAUCAGUUUCUAGAUGAAAAUUACAAAUACGUAACUGGAUUAAAGAAAAACAGUGACAGAAGAUAGACUUUUACUGUAAGAAGUUACUGAGUGUUUAAUGGAGCACACAGGCUUCCACCUACAAGCCAUCUGAAGUCAGUCCCAGAUGUUGCCACCAUGUGAUGUUCAGUGUGCACGAAGCCAAGCUGCUGACCUGUGAAAUCAAAUUCUUCACUACCAGCCCUCUGAUAUUCUUGGUAAGGCAUCAAGAUUCUAACUGGUUUAGCCUCCCUAACACUUCAAAGAUGCAAAUUCCUGAAAGCAAGAUGAGGCCAAUGUGAGCCACCAUAACACAUUUUAUGUAAGUAGCCCAGUUCUGCCAUCAGACAAAUGUAUAUUUUAUAAGUAAUUUUAAUUACAUUUAAUAGAUGAAUUAUAGAUUUUUAUUUUUAAAAACAGAAUUCGGUUUUCCAACUGCAAAAUCUCACAGUUUCUUUUAAGCAUUUAAGAACCACCUUGGAAAAAACAAACCUCAACCCAACCUCCAAUCUCCUUACUUCCAAUUCCCUUCAUCUAACAGUAGAUGCUCUCCUCCAAGUUGGUUUUAAAAUAAAAUGGGGGGUUUUAUUUUCAUUUCUAUACACUGCAAGCACACAGGUCUAGAUCUAUCCUUACCAUUUGUUCAGAAACAAGAAUGGGUGGAGUUCAUCCUUUUAUUGGAACAGGCAAGGAACAUGGGUUACUCACAUGGAUACACAGCAGGUGAGUGAUGCCUCUUAAGUAGGAAAGCUGAAUCAGAUCAAAAUGCUGACAGAAAUUUUCACUGAUUCAAUGAAGCAGUGAUACUCAACUGAUGAACAAGAGCCAGCUGCCUACACUGCUGGUCUAAUAUAGUCACAUCCUUUCUUCUAAAGGUUGAGCUGAUCCAGGUACAUUGACUGGUGUGGGUGAGGGAAAAAAUAGACACAUUAAAACAUUUCUCUGAAUGGGUCUAAAUCCAGACUCAUAGGACAAAUAGGUUAAGAUUCCAUGCUAUAUUGUCGAUGCUUAAAUGAUUGCCUAGAAGAAAAUUUCUGGGCCAGUUACCUUUGCCUUUCUAUACUGCUAUACUGUCUUUGUUUCCUAUGACUUCUCAUAUAAAUACAGUUCUUGAGGCUCCUCUUACUGUCAUUCUGUCAUUGUUUACCAUUUUCCUUCCUUAUAAUCUCUAUGUUUAAUACUAAAUCAGAUUCUUGUUACAAGUAUCUCUGUGUGUCCCCUUUAUCCUCUGCUCAGAUUAUAAUGCAAUUAUAAUCUUUAUUUUACAGAUAUUUUCUAUGUGCUAGCAAGAAGGAGCAGGUUAGACACCUACAGCUGUUUCCAAAGACAGACAAACUACUCUGUGUUCAGUCAUUAUUCAGCUGACUAGCAGUAGUAUAAAAAUAAGUUACUUUGGCCGUUGCAGCUCUCUUCAACUAAGAACUGCUUGUGUUAAGAAAGCUGGUGAAAAGCAGUUGUGAAUCAUGACAUAGCCUGAUGUGAUGACAUGAUGAUGAUUAAGUAUUUUUAGCUUAACAAUAUUUUGUUUUCACUGUUAAUCUUUUGAUGCACACCUGAGUAGAAACCAAGGGAGUCAGUACAGGAAAGCCUGUGCAUGGGAUUUAGUGUCUUUGGCCUGCACAAAAGCUCACACCUAGUUUCAGAAGUAAAGGUGAGAAAUCUGGCUUAUUGCACAAUGCUUAGUUUCCAUGUGUCAGUCUAAAUGGUAACUCACAAAAAUGGCACCUAGCACUUGUACAGAGAAAUAACCGCUUAUAAAAUGCAGUCCCACUUUAAAAAAAAAAAAACAAAACAAUUUCAAAUACAGAUCUAAGCAGGUCAUGGGGGGGGGGGGGGGUAUAUGUUUUAACUGUCACUUUAAAGGCAUGGGAAGAAGCCCAUUUAUUUUUCCUCACUCCCCUAAACAGUCCAUCAGCUUUACGCGUCUGAGCUCCAUUCAAGGUGUGAUUACUGGCUUAAAAGUUGCUCUCUAACAUGGGUAUUUCUAAGCAAUUAACCUAAAAUAUCUCCCUCCCCCACAGCAAGAUUAUACUGCAUGAAAGUAUGCUGUAAUCUAAGUGUACUGAUUAAUACAAACAGGAAUCUGUACC